AUGGAGGUUCGCUGUAUUGGAGCCUUUUACUUAAUAAUAAUAUUGGCUUUAGCCUGUGAAAUGUCAUCCGCUGCUCAAUUUAAGGAUAGUAAACGACGAACAAAAGGGAAAGGACUAAGAAAUAUUUGUGACGUCACAGACAGAGAUUCAAACGUACAUUGUUACUGCGAGAACGCAAAAGAGAUGAGAAAUGCCACCAAAGCCGAAUGCUGGGUUUUCAACGGAGGUAUCGCUAAGGAGGACAUCGUCUGGCCAAGUUUCGUGUCGCAGCCUUCUCUGCAAACUUUGUCUUUCAACGUCCGCGUAGACGGAGCGUUAGACUACGUGCCGACAUCAGCGCUUCAGUACUUACAGAAUCUUCGAUCUCUAAGUAUUAAAUAUGGGAACAUAGUUGAAGUAGGCCCGUUCGCUUUGGCGAAUCUAACCAAUUUGACUGAAGUGGCGCUGACGCAAAGUCAAAUAGUAACAUUGCACCAAUACGCGUUCGCCCACCUGCCCAAUCUCACAACGCUCAAUUUAGAGGAGAACACAAUACUGGAAAUCGGAAAAGAUUCGUUCGUCGACGUCCCGAAAUUGCAGAAGCUUAUUCUAAGCAAAAACAAUAUCACGGAGAUUAGCAACGGAGCUUUCCAGCACACGUUCAAUCUCUUGGAAUUGGACCUGAACAAAAACAGCAUAUUCCAUCUAGAUCGUCACGCGUUUGAUGGAUUGGCGAACUUGCGGAAAUUGGAUCUGAGGAAGAAUCGUAUUUACAAUUUGACCGAGUUCACGUUUACCGAGUUGUGGAAUUUACAAGAGUUACUUUUGGGGAAGAACGAAAUAAAGUACAUAUCUGCGAGGGCGUUCGACGGUCUGUCCCAGCUGCAAAAGUUGUCCCUUGACGACAAUAAACUGGCCCAUAUCCCCCCGGGCUUGUUCGAAGGCGUGAGAGGUCUCAAGUCGCUCGAUCUGCGUUCCAAUGAACUCCACGCGUUAACUUUCGACAAUAUAAAGCCCAUAUUGGAUAAUUUGAAACCUCAAAACAGCAAUUUGCUACUCGAAGGGAACAACUUCGUCUGUAACUGCCAACUAAAAUGGAUACAUCUAUUACGGAACGAGACGAGCAGUCAAAACAUUAAAGAUUCGUUAGAUGGUGUGACCUGCAAAAUGGAUCCUCCGAUUGCAAGCUCAGCAUACAACAAAAUGUCAGAUAACAUCAAAAUGAACACGAAAUUGGAAACGGUGGAAAUAAUGAAACAGGACGCAACAAACAAAAAACAUAUUGACGACACAAAGAAGGGCGCUAAAAGGAACCUAUUAAAAAUUCCACCCGAAACACUGCCGUGCCCAGAAGAAAAAGUGGAGACAACGGAGAUGCCGGUCCUGGUAGAUCCAGUUAUACCGUUGCAAAAUGAGAUGAAAACGUACAGACUACAGGAGAUGAGUUCUGCGCGCGGAACGUUUGUUCCAAGCUUGCUGUGGAGUAUUACGUUCAUUUUCUUUUUCACUUAA